AGUCUAAACUAUAAACACAAGUGGAGGACAGCCAAGACACACAAAUAAAGAAGAAGAGGCAGUCAGGUAGCAGACCGAAACCAAAAGAAGAAGAGGAGGAAGAAGAAGAGACCGAAAUUAAGAAGAAGAAGAGGAGGAAGAAAAGCACGAAACCCAGAAGGAGGAGGUACCUUCUUGGAAGAAAGGAAGAAAAAUUGUAGACGCGUGUUUACAAUGUUCUUUUUAAAAAAAGAUAUGCAUUUUUCGUUUUCCUACACCCCACUCUCAUACUUUCUUCUCUUCGAUCGCAUUCAAACGCAUUACCUGAUGCACUGAUCUGAUUCCUUUUUCUUUCUCUGAUUCAAUUCACUCCUUUCUUAAUCUUCUGUUUAUAGAUCCCAUGAUGUCUUUCUUGAACAAUGAAGGAGCCUCUUCUUCUUUUUCUUCCACUCGCCGAUUGAACUAUGAUGUUUUCUUGAGUUUUAGAGGUGAAGAUACCCGCGAAGGUUUUACCAGUCAUUUAUAUAAGGCUUUGUGUGACAAAGGCUGUUAUACCUUCAUCGAUGAUAAACUUCGGAGGGGAGAAGAGAUUUCGGAAGAACUUAUACAAGCCAUAAAAAAUUCAUCUAUUUUGGUUAUUGUCUUCUCUGAAAGCUAUGCAAAGUCCAAAUGGUGCUUGGAUGAACUUGCUGAGAUUGUUGACUGUAGAGAAAAGGACGAGGAGGUUCAAAUUCGUCCAGUUUUUUACAAUGUUGAUCCAUCAGAAAUACGAAAUCAAAAGGGAAACUUUGGAAUGGCAUUGGCUAAUCAUGAAAUGAAGGUCAAGAAUAACAAGGAUAAGGUGCAGAGGUGGAGGGAUGCUCUAAGAAAAGCAGCUAAUGCAUCUGGAUGGCAUUACAAGAAAGGUUGCUCUACAUAUAAAUCUGAAUCUCACUUCAUUCAAAACAUUGUUGAAGAGAUAUCAAUUGCUAUAUUAAACUUGACGCCAUUAUAUGUUGCUGAAUACCCAGUUGCAAUAAAUUCUCGUGCAGAGGCCAUAGAGUCACUUUUAGAUAUUGGGUUAGAUGAAUUUUGCAUGGUAGGGAUUCAUGGCCUUCCCGGAGUAGGAAAGACUACAAUUGCAAAAGCUGUUUAUAAUAAAAUUUCUAAACAUUUUGAUGGAAGCAGCUUUUUAAUGAAUGUCAGAGAAAAUUUGGGGACAGAUGCUGGCAUAAUCACACUACAAAAGCAACUUCUUGAUGACAUCUUAGUGGAUGCAACUUGGAGAGUGAGCGACAAAUUUAGAGGAAUCAGUUUAAUACAAAAUAGACUUUGCUGUAAAAAGGUUUUUUUAAUCCUUGAUGAUGUCGAUGAUUCGACAAGAAUAGAUAAUUUGCUUGGAAAAUGUGAUUGGUUUGCUCCCGGAAGUAGAGUCAUUUUAACAUUAAGAGAUAUAAGCUUGUUAGCUGCCCUUAAAGAAAAGCUUUGUACAACUUACAAGGUCAAGGAAUUCAAGGUCGAGCAAUUAAACAAACAUGAAGCUCUUCAACUCUUCAAAGACCAUGCCUUUUCGGGAAACAAACCUCAUGAUGAAGACUAUUCUAAACUUGCAAGGAAAUUCAUAGAUUUUGCCAAAGGCCUUCCACUAGCUCUAGAAAUAAUAGCUCGUGAUUUGUGUGGAAAAGCUAAAGGUGAAUGGGAAAGUGCAUUAGAUAUGUAUAACAAAAUCCCCAAUAAAGACAUUCAAAAAAUACUUAGAGUAAGUUACGAUGGAUUGCAUGACACACAGAAAGAUAUUUUUCUUGAUAUUGCAUGCUUCUUCAAAGGAUGGAACAAAGAUUAUGUUGUAAAGAUAUUAAAUGCUUGUGGAUUAUGUCCUGGCUUUGGUAUUCCGAGACUUGUUAAUAAGUAUCUCAUAACUCUUGACAAAUUUGGUAGAUUGUCAAUGCAUGACUUGAUACAACAAAUGGGCAAGGAAGUUGUUCGACAAGAAGCACCAGACAUCCUUAGAAAACGUAGCAGAUUAUGUUGUUAUAAGGAUUCACUUAAAGUACUAACUACAGAUAAGGUAUAA